UGAACAAAUCAACCCCUGACUGAGGGCAAGUCGAACUCCCCGGCCCGUGACCAUUCAACCCAGAGAAGCAACCCCUCUUCAAAUUCAAGCUCCGACUGACAAUGCUGAGCAAUCUGUAGUGUCGUUUCACUGUCGAAAUGGAAAAUCCACACCCAAUUUUUACCACCCUAUUCCCCAUCAGACCCAUCCAAUCGGCCACCGUAUGCGGCCCUUUGGCCCUUGGCCUGGAGCACUGCCGAGUCUGCCGGAUAGACUCCUGGUAAUCGGAAGCAGUACGCCGCCGCCCAGCAUGACGACCGCCCUCGCGGCCCAGCAAGUCCUCCUCCUGCCGGCUACACUUCCAGAGACCGAGCAUCAGACUGAAGUUGAGCCACUUCAGAUGGAGACACUUCAGAUGAAACGGUGCAGGAGGCGCUGUAAUAGCUUGGGUUGUUGCACUAGACUAGGUAAUUGGAUGCGGCACGGAUGGUGGCCUGUAGGCCGUAGACGACAUGAGACGGCCCUGAGUUCGAUAUAUUCUCCAACCGCGACCUUAACGCAAAUGGCGCGGUUGAGAUGCUAGUUUCUCGCUUGGUUAAUUCGUGCGUUGUACGAUGGAGGUGAUGUGAUCUGUGCCGCUCGUCUGGGUGAUUGUGUUACAGGUGUGAUACACUUGCCGUUUUUGUUGACCAAGGUAUUGGCGAAGGUAUCGCCAACCCUCGACUACUGCGGUAAUCAACGUUGGUG